UUUGGUGACGUCACCGCGGCGCGCCGGGCGCUGCCGCCAUGCUCCGGGCGGGCGGGCCCCGCGUUGCCGCCGUUGCCGCCGGUUCCUCCAUUACUUCCGCCGUUUCCUCCGUUACUUCCGCCGUUUCCGCCGCUCUCAGGGGCCGCGCCCGGGCCGGGGCCGCGGGGGUCUCGUCCGGCCCCGCCGCCCCCGCCGGGACCCCCGCGGUCACCGGGACCCGCACGGCAGUGCCGCUGUCCCCAGUGUCCCCGGUGGUGCCACCACUGUCCCCUCUGUCCCUGUCCCCAGCAGUGCCGCUGUCCCCGGUGUCCCCGGUGUCCCCGGUGUCCCCGAUCCUGCGUCCCUGCGCUGUCCCCGUCCCGUGUCACCGCUCCCCGGUCCAGGCCUGGGUGGAGUCCCUUCGGCACCACGAUGACGAGUUUCGGGGUCUCACCGACCUGCACCCCGACGUCUUCGCCGUCAGACCCAGGCUGGACAUCCUGCACACAGUCGCCAUGUGGCAAAAGAACUACAAGAGGAUCAGCUACGCCAAGGUGAAAACACGGGCAGAGGUGCGGGGGGGGGGCAGAAAACCCUGGCGCCAAAAAGGCACCGGCCGGGCCCGCCACGGCAGCAUCCGCUCGCCGCUCUGGCGCGGGGGUGGUAUCUCCCACGGCCCCCGCGGUCCCACCAGUUACUACUACAUGUUGCCCAUGAAAAUUCGGGUGCUGGGGUUGAAAGUGGCUUUGACCGUGAAGCUGAUGCAGGACGAUCUCCACAUUGUUGACAACCUGGAGAUCCCCACCAGUGACCCCCAGUAUCUACUGGACCUGGCGCGGUACCGGCACUGGGGCCGCUCCGUCCUCAUCGUCGAUGUCAACGAAAUCCCAGAGAAAAUCAGCACCGCGGUGGCCGAGCUGAAAACCAUCAAUUUGAUCCCGGCGCUGGGGUUGAAUGUUCACAGCAUGUUGAAGCACGAGACGCUGGUGGUGACGCUGGACACCGUCACCUUCCUGGAGAAGACGCUGCUGUGGCACGACACCCGGUACUCGGCGCUUUACCCCUUCUCCAUGCCCUACAGCGACUUCCCGUGACCCCCCCCGCAAAGACGAGACCCCCCCCGGUUAUGGGGAGCCCCCCCCCAAAAGCAGAACCCACCCCCCAUCCCAUGGGACGGGGGGUUUUGGGGGGACAGCCGGGGGACAUUAAACGGAGUUUGUGCGGC